UUCCCAGAAGACUUCUUCCUGUAUUCUGCCUCUGCCAAGAACGAGCCGCCAAGCUCCUCAGGAUUCAGGAACAUAGGAACUACUUGGCCUACGCUCAGUCUACUCUACUCUGUCUUUUUAAUCACCCAAUUUCUAUAUUCUAUAUUCCGUGGCAUAUUAGCUAAGAAGAAGAGAGGGGGACCGAUGAGAGUUGAGAAGCACACUAACACUCGCCAUCUCUCAUGCCAUUUCAACAAGGUUUGAUCAAUCAACCAUUCUUCUUCGGCACCAAUAAUUAUCCUGCAGAAAUGCUAAAAAUACUGAACCAAAAGCUGAAGCGCCUCUGCCUCAGACUCAGAUGGCCUAUUCGCCGCCGUUCAAAGCACAAGGUGGUCGUCAAAAAAUUCGGAAAAUCCAACUCCAGAGGUCACCAUGACCACAAGGAUGCCUUGAAUGUUACCUCUUCCUCCGCUGUGAUCCAUCCCAGCAGCGAAUUAAAUGGCUCAAAAUCCGAAAAGCCCAUCCGGAUAGCAACAUUUAAUGCUGCCCUCUUCUCCAUGGCACCCGCAGUUCCCAAGACCCAAAAGUCGUCAAGUUUCGAUUUUGAUAAUGAAGAUACUAUAAGCCAAGGCAUUAUGUCCACGCCGGGAAUGGAUUAUGCUUUCAGAGCAAAGUCAAUGAACGGUCGUCCACCGAAAAGCAUCCUCAAGCAAUCUCCCUUGCACUCAAGUUCCACGAGGGAACCCGACAGUCUCACCAAGCAACAGAAGUUUGCCAGAUCAAAGCUGCGAGUUUCCAUUAACUUGCCGGAUAACGAGAUUUCUUUAAGGCGAAGUGGGCAUCUAAGCUUUCGUCGCGAUGAAAAGGAGGAGGGAUAUUCAGGAAACAGUAGCAUUAGCCGGAUUCUCAAAGGAAAGGCUCCUCUGAGGUCAACUAUGAGCAUGCCUUCGAGUCCCAUUGCCAACGGUCAAAACCAUAGAAACACCAGGACAAUUGUCGAAGUUUUGAGAGAGUUGAAUGCGGAUAUAUUGGCUUUGCAAGAUGUUAAAGCAGAGGAGGAGAGAGGGAUGCAGCCAUUGUCGGAUUUGGCCGCUGCUUUGGGGAUGACUUAUGUGUUUGCCGAGAGUUGGGCUCCUGAGUACGGUAAUGCCAUCUUGUCCCGGUAUCCAAUCAAGAGGUGGAAGGCUCAAAAGAUUUUUGAUGAUGCUGAUUUCAGAAACGUUCUUAAGGCCACAAUUGAUGUUCCUCACAUAGGAGAAUUGAACUUCUACUGCACCCACCUUGAUCAUUUAGAUGAAAACUGGCGCAUGAAGCAGAUCAAUGCGAUCAUCCAAUCCACUGACGCGCCUCACAUCUUGGCUGGCGGCCUAAAUUCACUUGAUGAAUCAGAUUACUCCCCAGAAAGAUGGACGGACAUUGUAAAGUACUACGAAGAGAUGGGAAAGCCGACUCCCAAGGUUGAAGUGAUGAAAUAUCUCAAGAGUAAACAAUACACAGAUGCUAAGCAUUUUGCUGGAGAAUGCGAGUCUGUCGUCAUGAUUGCCAAAGGACAAAGUGUGCAGGGGACUUGCAAAUAUGGAACUCGGGUAGAUUACAUACUAUCUUCACCAAGUUCUCCAUAUAAGUUUGUUCCUGGAUCAUACUCGGUCUUCUCCUCGAAGGGGACUUCCGAUCAUCACAUAGUGAAGGUUGAUGUGAUAAAAGUAGCAGAUAGCAGCAUGUCUCAACAAUUUGUUCACGGGAAAAAGCGGCAGCCGAGACAGAGAGUUGUCAGGAUAACACAUUCAUCUUCAGCCAAGGGUGUUUGGAAGGCUUAGAAAUGAUUGGUGAAGCGUCAGAAAUGUGCUGCUGAUUAAUUGGAAUAGUUAUUUUCUGUCUUGGAUUAUUCCUCCCAGCUCAAGGCUCAAGCAGUAGAUGAGGGAAGAAGAUUUAAGAUUCACCUCCGACUCCGUCUUCCUCGGUUUGUGCAAAUGAGUAUCCAUGUCUAAUUUACAGAUACAGAAAACAUCAACCGUGUAAAUUCGUCCUCUCUCGAAGUCUUGGGAAAGAAAACUAUAUUGUUCUUCGCAAUAGAUACCUCUGUACGACAUGGAAAUGUUAGGUUCAGAUUAAAUGCUAUUGAUUUUUCUCCUACAAUUGAUCUUGU